CAACAAGUCCUUACAAUGGAGAAUUCUGACGGCGCCGCAUUGUCUCUUUCAGGCCAUUCUGAAUCGGAGGGCUCGAUAGCUGUGGCGCGCAGUACUUCAGCACAAUCCAAUCUUGCAGACAUGACUGACAACCUUUCUCGAAGCUCUGUCAUGGAGCAGGGCGAAGAUGAGGACGAUAACAGCUCUGACACGGCAUCUGACACUGAGCCGAGAGAAUAUAUUCCUGGUGUGGUUCCAUGGAAACUCGGAUACCUUGAUACGAGAACAGGCGAGGAAACUAAUCCUCUUAACCGAAGACAGUUGCUACUUAACUCUAACGCCGUACUGAUCAUGGAGGCGCCAGAGGGGAAAAUAUAUGUAAGAGAGGAGACCAAAGAAGAUGCGCUUAGAAAGGAUGGAAUAGUGGCGCAAAGAAUUGAGCAGCAGACACGCAUGCUAUUCUCAGGCCACAAAACCCUCUGUAGCUGCCACUACGCAAUCUGCUGGGGUGGUUGUACCUCUAACUUCUCGACUCCAUUUGGUGUUGUUGGCCUUGCUUUGAACCAUCUCUACCAUCGAAUUCCCCUCAACAGCUAUUGGCGCAUCACAGAGUUUUGGAAAAUGCUCGCAUACUGGGGUAUCCAAAUGUCAAGAGGCUACUGCGGGAAACUAGCGCCUUCGCUUUGUCAAAAGGAUUUGCAUAGGCUUGGAGGUAUCCUCAUGGAUGAUGUUAAAAAUGUCGCUUCUGGUAGGGAGGGCGUUCUGCUUCAAGUUCUUGGCCUGGAAAGUGCUCCUCAUUCUAUCAGACAAGUCGCAGCAGUUCUAGCUCAGCUGGAAAGAGACUUCGCUUGGCUUACCCAUGCAGAGGCGCGAGCUGAGCAGAGAUAUGGUCGCGACCGCUUCCUCAAGCAGAAAAUCGGAGAGGAGGCUGAGAUCACUAAGAUGAUUGAGAUGGACCCCCAUGCCAAAGCAAGAGGGGAUUUGAAUCGGAGGAAUUUGAGAAAUUUCGCAACUGAAAUGUGGGUUGCGGGGCAAUUGCAACUCUACCCUUCGGAGGUACUCCUGUCCAUUCCCCUACCUUCAAAGGCACCUUCGUCGAAGCAAUCGCCGGCCAAGAAAGUCCUCCAAAAGGCCCAGAGCAAGCCACACAAUGGCAAGAUUCAGAAGGCACCCUCGUCAAAACGACAGGGAAAGCAAGCCCUCAAAAAGUCCCAGGACAAGUCACACAAUGGCAAGAUCAAGCCAGCACGAUCAGCACCAGUGCCAAUCGCUAUCUCACGAUACAUGGAACGAACUUACGAUGACCUCGCAAAGAUGGACUCUCCUCGCUGGGCUGAAGUAUAUGAACCUGGCCAUCUAGCGGAUCUUGGUCUGAAAGUUGGAGAUUUUGGCUUUGACUACCAGAAGUUGAUUGAACCAACAUACUUGAAGUCGCCCUUUCUCACCACGAAUCAACGUAUAGUUCAAGCAACAAGUUGGCGUCAAAGACUGUACGUUUUGCUCAAAAGGGUUCCAGGAAACCGCAUGAAGAUAAAGGUUCUUCACAGGAUGGUGCAGGAAUGGGAGGGCAUAGGAUGUACCAAUACCACAUUUCAGACUUGCAGUGCCGCUCUCACACGGAAACCCGAGUUUUAUUGGGAGCCAGCUGAAACAGGAAGGUGUUGGUGGUUGAUUGCUCACGAAGGGAAAGAGUACGAGAAGGCCUCGGGUGGUCGCAAACCCAACCUACCGAAAGCUGAAAAUGACUAGCACUAGAGAUGACAUCGAAGGCAAGCAAGACUCUCGGCUAAGCUGUCUAAGUCCAACCUCAUUUAGGUGUCAUCGGCGCUUUUUGGAUAACCUGCGUCCUUGGGGUGUUAGAUGGUGGGUGGUGGAAUGUUUUUGAUUUUGUGGUAAGGUUGGUCAGCGGUGAGUAAAUGUUCCUGAAGAUGAGGAAAAUUGUCAAUCGUCCGAAAGUCCGGGAGAAGAUGUUUGGAAGUCGGGUCUUGGCCGGCAUGUAUUUAUUGUAAGCAGACAG